CGCACGCGUGCACGUCAGCUCCUGGAAAGUUGCUACAACGACUGGGCAGUGCUGCCAACAGCGGCGACACGAAGGCUCAGCCGGUUGGUUCCUACGCGCCAGAGCCUCACUUCCUGCCGCAUGUUGUGCUACGAUCGUGCGUCGUUGCUUUCAGUGCGGGCGCCGUGGCCUCCAUCGGAGGAAUUAGUGCGCACCUAUGUGGAGAUCUCUCGCCGAGUGAUGCUGCCAGGGGACGGCCGGAAGCUCGCCAGCAGUGCCUACAGAUGCGUGGCAGCGGCAGUGCUGUUGCUGCUGCUGGGGGCCGCGGGGGCAACGCCGGAGGUGGACGGCACUGCCCACGCUGCUCUCAUAGACGGCGGCAGUAGCUGCCCCUCCGAGUACCUAGAAGACGCCGACAUCGAGUGCCCAGAGAUGACCAGCGAGGGCCAGCUCCGCUGCUACCUCCUCUACCGAGCGCUCGACUACAAGCCCUUCGCAUCCUACGGUUUUGCUGUGCUCGUGAACAUGACUCUCUCCGAAAUACCAGAUACAAGUUUCGCAGAAAGCAGCAUCAGCGGUGAGCGGGACGUGUGCUGGUCGCUAUCAGCCAUCGAGGUGAUCAAAGUGGAGAACAACUCCGCCGUUGACUGGAGUCGCCAGAGGCCGCACCUGGAUAGUUUCGGUGUCUACCUGUUGUACCCUGUGAAGGAGUUCCGCGCCUCCGCAACCUACCCGCUAACGACGUCAGCUGUGGCGACGACCGUCAAUGCCACUUGCUGGUACCAGCAAAGGAGCACAGGUUGUAUCGAAUCAGCCCAUGUUUCUCAGAAGAUUUUGCUGCCAGAUUACAAAGAAGCACAUAGUGAUGGGCCGUACACCAAAAAGUAUUGGGAUAAUUUCAGAGAAAUUCAUCUCAAGAAACUGAAAGCAGAAAACAUCACAUUACAUGUAGAGGUUCAGAAGGGCCUCUUUUUGGACACACCACACUAUCUUCAACCACUUAUUACAAAUACAACAUUUAAAAGAUUAGUUUUAAUAAAUACAAACUUAACCAACUUUGCAAUGAGUGAACAGCAGAAGAUGGAAGAAUUAAAAUUAGUGGGCUCAGAACUUAGCACUGAUGAAGCAGAAAAAAUUAUUUUCUCCACUCAGAACCUGCUAUCACUGAGCCUGGAAAACAACAGCUUGACAGCUAUACCACAAGGAGUGAAGCGAAUUCAAAAUUUGGUGACUCUUGAUCUGUCACACAAUGCAAUUAAUUUUUCAUAUUACACUACAGUACUUUCCUCAAUGAGUAAUCUUAAAUGGUUAAAUCUAGCUGCUAAUCCCAUAGGUGAUUUGUCUGCUUUCAUAGGGCAUCUUAGCAGUGAGGUACAGCUACACUUUCUUAAUGUCAGUGAUUGCUCACUUUUUGAGCUGGAGCCUACAGACAACAAAAGUCCAUUAAGACAUCAGAAAGAACUUCAGUUCUUAGAUUUGUCAUAUAAUGGUCUGUAUACCUUGCCCAGUGAUAUUUUUGUAGAAAUGUCUCACUUGGAAACUGUGCAACUGUCCCACAAUAAUUUAAACAAACAUCUUAGACUACAUCUCCCAUAUGGUAUUAGAGUUUUAGAUUUGUCUUACAACAAUUUUGAUAGUCCUGAAGGUAUUGUGGAGACUGGAUCAGCAGAAUUUGUGGUCCUAAAAGGAAAUGAUAUUUACCCUUGGAAUAAUUCGAAUAUAUUUUUGUUAAAUAAUAAUCCUAACAGUGUAUGGCUAUCAAGACUUGAUAUUUCAGACUGUAAGAUCAAUGUUGUAACUGAGGAAAUGCAAAAAUCAUUUGAAUACCUUCAGGAACUUGACUUGGGAGGGAAUCCAUUUGACUGCUCUGACUGUUCAGUGCCAGAUUUCAGAGGUUGGCUCCUGUCAAUCAAUGAAACAAAAUACCACCCUAAUUUAUUAAAUCAUGGAAAACAUGAUGACUUAACUUGUGUCCAUCCUGAAAAUCUUGCAAAAAGGCUUAUUGUUUCUGUUGAUGACUUUUCACAUUGUGAGCCAAAUUAUAUAAUUUUAAUUGGUGUUCCAUUGCUCACAGUCAUUGCUUUAGGAGCUUUCUCAAUAUUUGUUUUGCAUUUUUACCGAUAUGAAAUAACAUACAUACUACAUCUUGUGAAGAUAAGAAAGUUGAGACUGGCGAAUGCAGCAAUGACAAGAAAUUUCCAGUAUGAUGCAUUUGUCAGCUACAGUGGAAAGGACAGAAACUGGGUUAUCAAAAAGUUAGUGCCUCAACUAGAGAAUGGACCAGAAAAAUAUAUGUUAUGUCUUCAUGAAAGAGACUUUAUACUAGGUUCAGUGAUUUCAAGAAAUAUAGCAAGCUUUAUGCAACAGAGCAAGAACACGAUCAUAAUCCUUACAACUAAUUUUGUAAAUAGCCAAUGGUGCCAAUGGGAACUUGAAAUGGCCAACCAUAAAGUGUUUGCUGAGGACCGUGAAUUCUUGAUUUUCAUUGAACUAGAGCGGCUUGAACGACAGAAGUUGCCAAGACACCUACGUUACCUAAUGGAUACUCGAACUUACCUAGAAUGGCCAGUUCCUGAAGACAUGAGUAGUGAAACAGAAAUUAAUCUGUGGAAGAGACUUCGAAAAUCUUUGGGUCCAAGUAUUGCUCAGAUUAAAGCUGGACACAACCUGCACCAUGAUGCAGAAUCAAUUUCCUGAUUAAGAAGAACAUGUGUAAUGCUUGAAAAUGAUUAUGUUCCUCUCAAUUUUACAAAGUGUAUAGCUUCUUUCUUUGUACAAAACUUCCAGUUUUUUCUACUCUUUUGUCUACAUGCAACAUUUGCUUUUAAGAUCUAAUUGUUGUGAGAUAAAAUGAUAAUGGAUUACUAUGUAAUACGAAAAUGUUCUUUGUAAGAACUUGCCCUCA